AUGCGUGCCGGAAAAAUCUUUGUCACAGAUUUGAUAGAUGCCGGUUUACUGCACAAGGUUACUCGAAUCCGCGUAUCUAUUUAUGGAAGCCUCGCUCUCACUGGGGAGGGUCACAUGACGCCCAGCGCCCUGCUUCUUGGCCUCGAGGGAGCAGAUGUGGAAUCGGUCGAUACAGCAUACGUUCCCAAGCGCUUUGCGGAAAUCAAGCAAAGCAAGAGAUUACUUCUAGCGGGUCGGGGAUCAGUCGACGCCCGCGAGAUCGACUUUGAUUACGGCCGCGACUUUAUCUGGGAGUGGAGCCGCAAGCUCCCGUUGCAUAGCAACGGCAUGCGCUUCAGAGUGUUCGAUGAGAAUGGAGACAUGCUAGCAACCAACGACCUUUUCAGUGUCGGUGGUGGUUUUGUUGUGAACGGAAAGAUGUCUUUAGCUCCGCCUCAAACUCCCCCAGAAACCCACUUGCAGCAAGAACAUACAAGACCAGAAGACGAACCCGCACAACUGGUUAAUGACGCGGUCUCGGAUCAUCACCCUGUUGACCUGGCAGAGAAUCUUUUCUACAAGGAAAUCAAACGGUCCGAUGCAGCGGAGGAGCGCAGAACAGGCUCCGACUACGACUUUAGGUCUAAAGGCACCUCAUUCGAGCAAGCACAGCAACCACUCUUACCAGAGGCUGGGUCGAAAAACCUAGAGAUUGAGCAUGCAAAUCCAGUCACGAGCGGGGCCCGCCAUGCCCCUUACCGGUUUCGCAAUGCCACCGAGCUUCUAGCGUUAUGCAAGCGGCAUAAUCUGACCAUUGCACAGUUGAUGUUCGAGAAUGAAAAAGGUCUUGGUCGGGAGGAGCACGAAAUCUUUGAUCAGCUCUAUCACCUCUGGGAUGUUAUGGACAACUGCAUCCGAGAAGGUGUGCAAGCACCCUCACACGCUGCUCUGCCUGGAUCACUGAAACUGCGAAGACGUGCGCCAGCUCUGUACCAACAACUCACGCGAGGCCUGUAUCCAGAACACACUCAAGUACAGCCGACAGCUUCUUCACCACAACUCCAGGCCCCUUCGUCGCCCCAAGACAAGGGUCCGUUGACCAUUACAGGGAACACUGAGUCGAAUAAUCGAGCUCCAUCUCUGAGGCGUGCAGCAGCUAUGCGACAGCGACGGCCGCCACCGAGGUUGACUGGCUCACUCGUUCACCCCAUAUCAAUCUCCCCAGUCCGUAGUGUCUCGCUUCCGGCAAUGGACUACCUCACGGUCUAUGCCAUAGCAGUGAACGAGACCAACGCAGCUGGCGGUCGCGUCGUCACAGCCCCAACCAAUGGAGCGGCAGGCAUCAUCCCAGCGGUGCUCAAAUAUGUUGUGGACUUCGUCAGCGAUGACCCGGAACGAGACAUCCCCAUUUUCCUACUCACCGCCGCUUCCAUCGCCUCACUCUUCAAACGUGGCGCGACCAUCUCCGCCGCGGAAGGUGGCUGCAUGGCUGAGGUAGGAGUCGCGUGUUCCAUGGCCGCCGGCGCGUAUGCAGCUUGCAUGGGAGCCGGGCCUGAGACGAUUGAGCAGGCUGCCGAGAUCGGCAUCGAGCACAAUCUUGGCCUGACGUGCGAUCCUGUCGCCGGCCUGGUCCAGGCACCGUGUAUUGAGCGUAACGCACUGGGUGCCAUUAAGGCUGUCUCGAGCGCCAAUUUGGCUCUGAACAGUGUCCCUGGUUUGCAGAAGGUUACGCUGGAUGAUGCGAUCCGCGCAAUGCGUCUCACUGCGAAGGGUAUGAAAGAUGAGUUCAAGGAGACCAGUCUAAGCGGACUAGCCACUAGCGUGCCGUUGAAUAUUCCCGUCAGUGUCCCGGAUUGCUGA